CUAGUGAAUAUUAAUGAACCUGAGAUGACUGAGUAUUGUCCAUGUCUUGAUGUUGUUGGACGCGUUACAUCUGAUCUUGAUGAAGAAGGAGAUCAGAGAGCUACUGAGCUCAUCUGGGGAGCCAUCGCAAGAGUUCUUCUUAUUACUCAACAGUUUCUUCGAGAAUGGCCUGGAUUCUAUAACAUGGUUACUAUAACCCCGUUCAACAUGUUCUAUACAUGUAGUAGUUCAGAGAUUGAUGUAGCACCCGAGGUUCCUCUGCAGCUCUGCUUACAUACCUUGUUCACUGGAAACACUUCUAUCAACCUAUCACAGAAUGGAGCCAGCUAUGAGAUUGAUCUAGGACUUAUGUUCCCAACCCUUGGGGAACCAUCUGAAUCUGUUCAUGAAUGGCUAGAAGCCUUAGCUCUUUCUGCUACUGACGGCAAUGACACAUGUCCAAGUCCAAUCUCAGAGACGCCCUCUACUCUACCUGAUCCAAGUAGACUCUCAGAAGAAGUCACAGGUAGCUCAGACUCCACACCACAAAAGGAAUCCAGUGAUGGUGCAUCAAGGGAUUCUCCAAUGGCUAAGGAUAAGAAGGUAGCUAAGAAGAAACCAGUAGAGAUCAAGUGGGAUCUAGUCGAAGAAAAUACAACAAAGAUUAGUGAAGAGGAUGAGAUCAAGGAAGCAAGGAGGGUCGCCAAGGCUUUUGUAGCUGUCAUUCUUGCUGAAUCAAUGGCAAAAUACAUCUAUGAACAUGAAGACAAUUCCAAUAUUAAUGGUCAUGCCCCUGGUGCAACUACCUCGACUUCAAGUAGGAGUGCACGUCAUGCUGCUGCUAAAGCAUCAGCUGAAGCUGCCAGAGCUGCUCAGAGUGGUGAUGCUGAAGCAGCAGCUAAAGCUGUCAUUGCUGCGGUGAAGGCUGUUGAAGAUGUGACAAACCCAAGGAAGAAUCAUACCAGAAUUAAAAGCCCAGUCAAGAGUAAAAUGUGCAUCAUCUUGUGAGUGUACCAAAAGACUCUGAUUGCACUAUAGGUUACAAUAUUGGUGCAAAAUACUGCUUGGUUAGAAGAGGUCUAGCACAUUGCUGUUUCUGCUUAAUAGUGUGUUAUUUUUGCAGAUUGGCUAAUAUUGUUAGAAUCAACAACUAAAAUUUCCAUUCCAUAUGCAUAUUGCUAUCUGUUGUGGUAAUUCCUGGAGAAGGUUAUCCUGUAUGAAUUGACAAUUAUAGUUAAGAUAAAAAGGAUCAAUUAAGAUGGCAAUGUCAGUAAAAUUACUUUCUCUUGAGUCACCAGGUAUGUCAGUUUGGAGAAGAAAAACUAUCUUGCGAAUGGGGUACACUAUUAGCAACAAGUAUAUAAAAAACUACAAAUUGACUCAGUUUUGAAAGGACUGCAUUAAAUUUCCUUCUGUUUAGUGAAGCCAAUAUAUUUUAAGAACACAGACAGAUAUAUGUGUAACUAGUUUUUUCGAUCUGUUCACUACAUGAAUGAGAAGAGAGAGAGGAGGAAACAAAGAAUUCAAGCAAAAGGAGAACUUGGGUCCAAUUAUCAGACAUCAAUUAG